UUGUUUAGGCUACAAACGGACUCAUCACCACCACGAGCGCGCUAUGCCAGUCCAGCGUCACCUCGAGCUCGUUUCGCCGAACCACCGAUUGUUGAAGCUCAAAUGCCUCAUGCAGGCUUCAGCUAUCUGUUUCCAUCACAGCCUGUCGUCUCCAGUUCCAUAAUUCGGUCGCAGUCACCGUCACGAUUGAUGUCACCGAGCCCAACGUCGCGCCCAGACUACGACUCAAGGUCAUACACAGAAAACGGGCAAGUUGUCUAUAUCCCCAUAAACAUGGAUAACGGCCGACGAGAUAGACCAAGCAGUCGAUAUGAUCGAGCUGAUGGAGCGGGUUAUUCUACAGAAUCAAGAACGAGUAGUCGAGCAGUACGCAGUCCCAGUAUCAACGGAGCU